ACCGGUCUGAUCAGUUCGACGGAGGCCUGCGCCCGCGCAUCGCCGCAUCCCACCACACCGGCGGCGCGGACGCGUCUUUUUUUUUAACAAAACACACCGAUAUUUUUGAUCCAGCCACGCUUCUCGCCCCGUCUAUGAAGCUAAACCCAAAAAGUGACAAACAUUAAUCCUAGCCGAAAUAAGACUUUUCGAGCACAGGAUACGAGAAAGUGACGCGUUCUUGCAGCUUUUUUGCAAAGUUGCAGCUUUUGCAAAAGCCCGAGUGAAACUUACAGUGUGGUAUAGAAAAAAAGUUUAGUGCGCUGUUGUGUUGGGCUGUGGUGGUGAAAUCGGGUUUGGAUUGCUGUGCUUUUAGUUACCUGGACCAAUUACUUUGGCGAGAGCUGCAUUGUAUGGAACUUUAUCUGAUUAAAAACUGAUGCGUUGACGGCGUGCGUGCGCGUGCGCAGUAUGCGAGGCGUCACGUGACAUGGCGUCCGACGCGCGCCCGCGCUCGCCGCUAGAUGGCAGCAGGCGGCGGAGAGAGUUUAACAGGUCCCCGUACGUGACGCUGGGCGCCGUGCGCUACGCCGUGGUGCGCGCGCCGCCGCCGCGAGCCUGCCCGUGCCGCUGCUGCUCCGAGGAGGCGGUGGCGGCGUGCCUCGGCCGCGCCAAGCCCGACCGCCGCACGCUGGAGCGGCUGCAGCGCCGCCUGGGCCGCGGCGCGCGCGACGAGCGGCCCUCGCGCCACCAGCGCCUGCAGGCUCUGACCGAGCGCCUGCUGCCGCGCGCCGCCACCGCGCCGCCGCCCGAGCCGCCGCCGCCGCCGCACUCCGCGCCCGUGCUGCCUCCCGUCCCCCCCCCCCGCACCCGCCACCGGCACAGCCCGCCCCGCGGCGUCUCCGUCGACCGCGCCUCCCUCUCCGACUUCGACGCCGACAACAUCACCCUCUUCAGAGUGGAACCGCGCUCCAUUGUCGGCUCUUACGCGCAAAAAACUAUUCCGUACAGAAGUGCAUCGUUCUCUCAGGGUGACUUUGCCGCUGACAAGUACGUCGCGCGUGCAACGGCUCGACAACAAUCGAUUUUCGAUUUCGGGAAGCGACCGACCGUUCGAGUGGUUGAGGAGGAGCCUGCUGCUUCAUGUGCCAGCCGGACUGAUGCCGAGUCCGCCAGCCUCGCCACCGAGGAGACGGCGACGGAGGGGGGGUCCGUCGCGUCGGUGGACUCGGCCGUCGGCUCCGACGAGGGUCUCAUAGCGCACGCGUCCCCGGCGCCACGGUCACUGCCUCCCGAUGGACCUCACAAACAGUUGGGUGCUCGGUCUCUGACGCAUCCCUUGCCGCGACGAGUGCCACCGGUGGUGGAAAAAGCCCCAGCAGGAGCCAGUAGCUUGCCCGUAUUAAUGGCACCGCGAGUGUUACAUGAACUACGCGAGGAGAGUGACGGCUCCCAAGCCGACAGUGCGCAGGCUCACAGUGAAGGAACUUCUCCCCUCGAGCCAGCGCAACCGUUUGCGUUCCCCCCGCUCCCCGCUCCUCCGGAGAAUGCUUGUGCUAAUGCAGACUGUGACUGUGCGUCUUUCCCCGUAGCCCGAGAUGCUUCAGAGAGUUCUAUUCCAGUGCCAGUGUAUGAGUGUAUAGUGAAACAGUGGUCGCAGGAGUUAACCCCCGAGGAACCGUCGCGCUCAGAUGCUGCAUCUGACGGAUCUUUAGAUCGCGACAAAGAGGACGAGACAAUUACUAGUGAGCAAGUAGCUAGUUUGCUAGCAGCCGUUCAAAACCCAUGCACGCCCGUGCCAAUCGGCUCCAGAGAGCGAAGAAGACCUCUGGAUAAGACGAAACGACGAAAAGGCAUUUACAUUACGAUAGCCAGUGAUGAUGGUGGUGAAGAGGACCCACCGAGUUCUGUAAAUGGAAAACGAGACAGCAGUGAGACCUCGUUACAAGACAUGCGGCUUUCAUCUGAAGCGAGAACAUCAUCUUUACUCGGAGAUAAGUCCGAUGACUCAUGUGCUAAUGGCCCACCAAGUCCUUGCGAAGCUCAGAUUUCAUUGCUUUGGCCUCGCUCCGAAGACCUCAAAAUGAGGCGAAUGAGGCUGUCUCAACAAAGUUCGGACGAGAGAGAUGAGGACUCUUACCGGGCUCGCCGUAAGUUUGGUGUGACAUCCCGAGGGGACUCUCCGUCAGAGUGUGAAAGUGAGAACUCUUAUUCCCGCGACCGGACCGCUUCGCCUUCGCCUUUUAGCCCGUCAGACGCUUCUGACGUGGAGGCUCGUCGGCAGCAGUUGAGGAAGUUCGGGAAGACUUUAGAGGCUCCGUCGAGUCGUUCAGUGGACGUCGGUCGUAGGAGCUUCUCGGACGCAACAGUGCCGGGUCGUAAAGUGAGUGCGGGUUCGGGAACCAGUGUCGGGACCAGGCCCCGUGGCCCUACCCAUGUGCGAGCCACGUCAUCUCCCUCAAAGCUGGCGGGAGUGAGGCCGGGGGCUGAUCUCCUAGCAGAGCUGCUCAGGGGGAGUUCAGAAGCUCUGUCAAACUCCUCCGCCUUCGACAACGUCGUACUAACUCUGCACCAGCACAACGACACGAGAACGCACGUCGUGGUCGAGCUAUAUGAGACUGAAAAAUCAUACGUGGAGGCGCUCGAAAUAUUAGUCAAGAAAUACCUCCAGCCCCUCAAGAGUCCGGAGAAUGCGGCCCUACUGGACGCGUUCACCGUCGACGAGAUCUUCUAUCAAGUGCCGAGCAUCCUCAAUGUGCACCAGGUCUUCCUGGAGCAGCUCAGGAGACGGCUCGAGCAAUGGGAUUUGCAGCAGAAAGUUGGAGAUGUUUUCUUGGAUGUGUUUACAAAACCCACCGUGAUGGACACCUACAUGUCUUUCAUAAACAACUUAAAGAAAGCGAAGGAAACGAUAAAGUUGGCUGCAUCAUCACGACCAGCCUUCGCGAGGUUCCUCGAUGCCAUGGCCAGAGACCACAAGGGGAAAUUGUCACUGGACAACCUACUGAUAAAACCGGUGCAGAAGUUUCCAAGCUACAAGCUGCUUAUACAGAGGCUGAUUAAACACACAGACCAAACACAUCCCGACCACAAACUCCUACUUGAAGCGCAAAAAGAAAUCCACGAGUUACUAGAAUUAAUAAACUGUACAGAACGAGAAAGCUUAGAGCUGGAAAUGCAACAGCAAACUCUGAGAGAACUGGAGCAAAUGAUCGAGGGUUUAUCGAACUUAGUGACUCCAGACCGAAUGUUCCUGAGACAAGAGACGGUGACCAUGCCGUCAGCGCAAGGGGCGAUCAAAGAUCGGGCUUUAUUCCUCUUCAGCGAUCUCCUUCUGAUUACAAGCGUCAAAAGAAGAACGGGGACAAUAAAAAAACCUAUUCCUUCAUACCAGUACCAAACGAGUAUAGCAAGUCAAAUGGAGGGUAAUAAGUACAAGCUACUGAUGAGAAUAUCUUUGGCAGAUCUCGAAAUUGUUAAGGUUGACCUUGAACGGGCUAAAGCGAAAGAUGAAAACUUGCGAAAAAUAAUGCUGGAAGUAGAAACAUUAAUAGAAGAUGUUAAUACACUGACUAGGAUAUCAGAAAAUGUGGCAGCUUUACAUACACAACACGCAUCGUUAGAAGAAAUGGUCAGAGAUAUGCUACACAAUUUGAACAAACAACUAUCUGAAAGACAGAAUAGUGAUACACAACUAUGCUACAUGGAGCUCAGUUUAAAUACUUCAAAUGGACCAGAGAACCUAACGGUAAUAUUCCCGAAAACAGAGAAACGGAACAAUUGGGAAGAGCUAAUAAAUGAAACUAAACAGAAGCUUUGUUUAUACAGUCAAGAUCGGCCACCUCCCGAGUUCCUGUCUCCAGUUCCCAUCAGGAAAACUCGAGCUGGCUUGCAGUUCACGUGCGCUGCUCCCACCAUACCACCCAAAGGGCAAGCUCCUGAUGUUUGGGUGUGCAACAGCGACGGCUACGUGGGCCAAGUCUGCGUGCUGACCCUCUCCCCGAAGCCGCAGGUCACGUCGUGCAACGGCGUCUGCAACGCGCGCAUACUGUGCGUCGCGUGCGUGCCGCCCUCGCACCCCACCGUGCAUGUACCAAGCACGAGUUCGUUGAACAGCUCGAGUUCAGGCAAGCCCGGCAUCAGUGUUCGUGACCCUGAUGAUAGCUGCAAGAACAUACGAUUGGACAGCUCAUCAUCCAGCGACGAAGACGACGACGGUUCCUCAACGAGCGAGAACAUAGACGCGCUAUCCCUCUCUGACACACGAAGCCACGACUCAGCCAGCCUGCGUCUCCAGAACAACCUGGCCUCCAGUGGCAACCAUCGACAGACGUCUCUCACUCCCAAUCAUAGCAAGAGCAUGAGCUCACCGUAUACUGGACAGAGUAUUACAGUGCAUCCUGUCAUGAAGUCCAGUUCGAACCCGGCUGUUGAUAAGCAAGCUAUGGGGAUCAAUUCUGGUGGAAGAUCUCUAUUGGGUACACUAUCAUCGCCGGCCAGCAGACAAUCCUCAGAAGACAGUUCCACAGCAAACCAACCGACCAUGUGGCUGGGCACAGAAGACGGAUGUAUACACGUAUACAACUGUCUAGACAACAUACGGAUCAAGAAGAACAAGGUCAAGAUGCAACACAACUCGGGGGUGCAUUCUAUUGUGUUUGUGGAAGGAAAAGUGUUUGUUGCCCUCGGAAAUGGUGAUCUUGUGGUUUACUGCAGAGAUAUAGACGGGUCUUGGGCGGAGAAGACCACGAUCCCGGUGGGCACGGGCAGCGCGCCUGUGAGCGGCAUGCUGCUGUCCGGCGGCAAGCUGUGGUGCGCCACGCACGCUUCUAUCAAGAUUAUUAAUCCGCAUUCUUUGAAGGUGGACGAAACAUUCCAAAUCAGCACCGAGAGCAAGCCAAUAAGCCACAUGGCGGUGGCCAACGGCGCCAUCUGGCUGUCUCUGCACAACGCGGCGCAACUGCGCUGCUACCACGCCGCCAGCCGCGAGCAGCUCGCCGAGAUCAACAUCACGCCCUACGUCACCAAGAUGUUGCAUGGUUGCGACGACAUAAUCCGGCAGCACAAAGCAGCCUGCCUCCGCGUGACGGCGCUGCUCGCGCACCGCGACACGCUGUGGGUGGGCACCAGCGCCGGCGUGCUGCUCACCGCGCCGCUGCACAACUCGCCCAAUAGCAGCGCGGCUAACUUCACUACGCCGCCGCUUAGUGGCGUAACCUACGGGCACACGGGUCACGUGAGGUUUUUGACGAUAGUGGAAAACCCAGCAGCAACAAAACCGACAAAACCAACGCAGUCAUCACUGAAGACGAAAGCUUUGAGCCGCAGAUCGGCCAAUGCUGAGAAACUACAGAAACAAGCAGAGCCACCUCAGAACACUAAAGAAACCCUGAUAAUAUCGGGCGGUGACGGAUACGAAGAUUUCAGAAACUCGUCCAGCACAGAAGAUGCAGGCAGAGAGGACUCUACUAAUCAUUUACUUCUGUGGAAGGUUUGAAACAAGCGGAGGCCAACAGGGUUCAUUUCUAUUUCCAACGCUUUCGCGUGUGAAGGUGUCGGGAGAUUUAGUUCGAAUCAGACUCGAGUUUCCGAAGACUUGUUAUAGUUCUCGGGGGCCGAAGUAUCGAUGAAAAGCCUAAUUAUAUUUUUUAAAUGUUUUUUUCGUUGAAUGUAAUUAGCGUAUGAUCCUGCUUUGUUUUAAAAAGUAAACGUACUUUAUGGUAAAAAUAAUCGUCUAAAAUUAAAUGUUUUUUGCACGUGCGGGCGAUGGUUUGGUAUUGUUGAGAUUAUUAACGAUUUAAUUAGGGCAUAAAAUGUCUGUAUCAUCUUUAGAGGUUAUAAAAUUUAUAGAAAGUUUUUGAAAGUAUUUUAAAUGUAAUGCAGUAUUAAUAAUUAUUUUUAAAUAAAUGCGUAAUACAUUCAUAACCUGUUUAUACCAUGUUUGAUAAAAGUGUUUUUAGAUCUUUUGAUGUACCAUAUCAAGACAAAUAAUCUAUUAUAAUUAUAUGAAUGUCCAUAUACCUACUUACCGUUGUCUAGAAUUUGUGAUGUGUAAAUGUUGAGAUCCUAAUUUGUCCAAGAAAUAGGUGUGAGCGUUUUGCGAUAUACAGCCUAUUUACAAUACAGCGAUCUCCAAUAUAUCUACCAAACUUGUAGAUUAUGGAGAAAGCCUACAAAAUUCGAGAUCGUGUGUGUGCAAAAGUAAACAGCUACAUCAUUUUGUCGUUAUUGUAUCAUCGGCGAAUUGGUCAUAGACCUACUUUAAAUCUAAGAACAGAUAGCUUACCGCAGCCUGUAGUCUACAAAUACACACAACAUUUCAAAAUCUGACGAGCAUAGAUUUUUCAGAUAAGUUUCAUCCCGACAAAUAAACGUUGAAAAAAAUAAUUGCAAAAAGUAAUAUUGUCAUGAAAUAAAUAGGUACCGAUUGAUAAAUAACUUUUUUAUACAAUGUUGAAUGCUAACAUUGAUUUUCCAUUUUUGUUUACUAUCUUCUUAUGUCGGGAUUGUCGGGCUCUAUUUAAAUUUUCAGCAGAAAUUGUCACGAGUACAAUAUGUAAGUAGUCAAUACUGACUUGUUUAGGGUAUUAUAUAGCUGUAUAUUAUUGCACAUGAAGUCACACUUUAAAUUGCCUUACUUCUAAUCGUUAUUUUUGGAAAUUUUGAACAAUUUCAGCUUAGUCAUAAUAAAGGUCUCUUCUAUUAUAAUGUAUUUUUAAUUUGUGAAGAGUAAUAAUUAAGAAAUCACAUACAUACUUCUUUAAAAUUUCAUUGGAAUAUACUUAAGUGAACUAGCUGGUUUCACAUAGCUUGUAGUUCUGACUUCUUGUCUAUUUAAGUAGAUGGUAUUUAUAUGAUAUCGUACUUACACGUUGUGUUAACAUCUUUUUCAAAAUGUUUAAAUUUCUGUGAUUGCUCAAGAAGUAUUCGAGUGUUACCUGCUCUGAGAUUAAAUGUGGAAGAAACAGAUUAGAAUAAUGAAAUAAUUGAUUGUUUGGAUUCUAAAAGAUGUAAUAUUGCAGAUGGUAUUAAACAAACGUGACAUA